UCCUCUCUCUCUCUCUCUCUUCCUGCAUUCUCUGUCCGGCUGCCAGAAUUGAUACUUAACAACGAUAUGGUACAGUCGAAGAAGUUCCGAGGUGUCAGGCAGCGCCACUGGGGUUCCUGGGUGUCUGAGAUUAGACAUCCUCUCCUUAAGCGAAGGGUGUGGCUCGGCACCUUCGAGACGGCGGAGGAGGCCGCUCGGGCCUACGACGAGGCCGCGGUGCUCAUGAGCGGGCGCAACGCCAAGACUAACUUCCCCAUGCCCCGGAGCCCCGAGGGGGACGCCGCCGCCCGCGCGUCCUCCAAGGCCCUGUCGGAGGUCCUGAGCGCCAAGCUUCGGAAGUGCUGCAAGACCGCCCCCUCCCCCUCCCUCACCUGCCUCCGGCUGGACAACGAGAAGUCCCACAUCGGAGUGUGGCAGAAGCGCGCCGGCACCCGCGACGGCUCCAACUGGGUCAUGACCGUGGAGCUCGGCAAUGCGAGCAGCCACCAUGCCCAGCAAGCGGCCGGGGAAGCCAUGAUGGGGCCGACGCCGCUCGCCGGGACAGGGACAUCGUCGCAGGAGGCGGUCGGAGGGAUGGACGAAGAAGAGAUGCUGGCACUGCAGAUGAUAGAAGAACUCCUCAGCAGGAACCGCACAACCUCUCCCUCACAUGCAGCGACCGCAGAUGAAGACAGCUUCUUCCUCUAGCCACCAUGGCAGAGAAGGAUAAUUCAGUAGGUCGAUACUGUUUGCUUGGCUGCUGUGCUUGGAUUGCUAUUACAAGUGCCGAUCCACCUUGUCAUCAGUCUCCCUCAACACGUAAAAGAUGAAUGGUGAAAAGGAUUGCUGGCUGCACCAUUAUGAGCGCUUAUUAAGCUUUUAUAUGUGUUUGUUUCCUAAUCUGAAUGCAUACGAUUGUGUCAUGCUAUUUGAAAGCGA